AUGGUUGCUGCUGGCGAUGGGUCUAGCCCAGCAGCUCUCUCACAAAAGCGUGCCCAAUUUGCAGGUCCAGGUGGAGUGAAAGGACUUCUCGCCAGCUCCUAUGUUUUCCUGAUUGCCGUGUUUGCCUCUCUUGGAGGAUUCGUAUAUGGCUACAAUCAAGGAAUGUUCGGACAGAUUCUUGCAAUGCCCUCGUUUGCAAAUACUGUACAUCCUGAUUCGAUCAAAAACCCAACAAUCAGAGGCUUUUUAACUGCGAUCCUCGAACUAGGAGCCUGGCUUGGUGUCCUCAUCAAUGGUAUCACAGCAGAUGUUUUCGGACGGAAAUGGGCAACAGUUGGUGGUGUUUUUGUGUUUCUUGUUGGUGUUGUCGUCCAAGCCUGCGCCAAAAAUGCGGAUUAUAUCUUCGGUGGAAGAUUUGUGACCGGUCUGGGAGUUGGAACCCUAUCCAUGAUUGUCCCUCUGUACAACGCUGAACUUUCACCUCCCGAGCUACGUGGAGCCCUCGUGUCACUCCAACAGCUUGCUAUCUGUUUUGGAAUCAUGGUCUCGUACUGGAUCGGCUAUGGUACGAAUUAUAUUGGUGGCACUGGAGAAAGUCAAUCGGAUGCAGCAUGGCUCAUUCCAGUGUGCAUCCAAAUUCUCCCAGCCCUUAUACUUGGUGUCGGUAUUCUUUACAUGCCAGAAAGCCCACGCUGGCUCAUGACCAAGGGCCGUGACGACGAAUGUUUAUCCGUACUAGCUAACCUACGUCGGAAGCCUGACUCGGAUCCUGGAGUACGACUCGAGUACCUUGAAGUUAAGGCCCAACACCAGUUCGAGAGGGAAACUUCGAUCGCCAAGUUUCCUCAACACCAAGACGGAACUGUGAUGAGCAACAUCAAGCUAGGCUAUCACGAAUAUCUCAGCUUGCUAACCAACAAAUCACUCUUCAAACGUGUGUGUGUUGCUGUUUUCAUUAUGGUGUUCCAACAAUGGUCCGGAAUCAAUGCUAUCCUAUACUACGCCUCGUUCAUAUUCAAGGACCUCGGUCUUACAGGAAACACUACAUCUCUACUUGCAGGUGGCGUAGGGGGUAUUCUACUCUUCCUCGCGACGAUUCCUGCCGUACUCUACAUUGAUCGAUUUGGACGGAAGCCAGUUCUUAUUACCGGAGCUCUCGGGAUGGGAAUCUCACAUUUCAUCGUCGCUGGCCUUAUGGGAUCUUAUAGUAAGGACUGGCCAUCUCAUCGAGCCGCUGGUUGGGUUGCUGUUGUGUUUGUGUGGAUAUAUGAGAUCAAUUUCGGAUACUCAUGGGGUCCGGGUGCUUGGGUUCUUGUCUCGGAAGUAUUCCCCUUGGGGUCACGAGCUAAGGGAAUCUCCAUUGGAGGUUCUUCCAAUUGGCUGAACAACUUUGCGAUCGGACAAGCCACCCCUGAUAUGGUUGCAGCCAUGGGCUAUGGAACUUUCGUCUUCUUUGGUCUCAUGUGUGUGAUUGGUGCCGCCUUUGUCUACUUUCUUGUCCCCGAGACUAAAAACCUCACUCUGGAAGAAAUGGACGAGGUCUUUGGUGACGAGGCUGGGAAUGCUAUUGAAGACCGAAACAGACUCAUGAAGAUCUACACCGAGCUGGGGUUGAUCACGUCAGAGGAGAGCAGCAUUGCUGAUGAAGGGGAAAAGGCUUCAGGCUCUCAUGAACACUCAGUGGUUUAUGAGACUGGGAAAGCUGCAGUCUAA